AUGAAGGAAUCUAUGAAUUUUAUAAACCAUAAAUACGAAACCAUCAUACAGGAUAACGGGGAUACUAGGGACAAAUUGAGGCAAUUACAAGAAGAAAACGGAUCAAUGCAGUCUAAAAUUGAUGACCUUACCAGUCGAGUGAACCAGUUGGAGCAAAAUUCACGGAUGACUAAUAUUGAGAUUCAGUGUAUGCCCGAAAAAAAAGAUGAAAAUUUACUGAAUCUUGUAAUUGAAUUAGGCAAAACAAUUAACUGUAAUAUCUCGGAAGACAACCUUGCGCACUACACUCGUAUUGCUAAACUUAAAAAAGACUCCGUUCGACCCAGGUCAAUCAUAGUGCAAUUUAACUCCUCAAAAAAGAGAGACCAAUACUUGGCAGCAGCAAUCAAAUAUAAUAAACUCAAUCCAAACGACAAACUUAACAGCUCGCACGCCGGGCUACCUGGACCUAAGUCGCCAAUUUUCAUCUGCGAACACCUCUCUGCUACAAACAAGGCCUUACACGCAGCAGCUAGACAAGCUGCUAAAGACAAGGGGUACAAAUACGUUUGGGUGCGGAGUGGACGUGUCUAUAUGCGAAAAACAGAACACUCAGAGUAUAAGAUCAUUAGGAAUAUUAACAGUUUGAAUAAUCUACCAUAA